AUGGCUGACGCUCAAUUCGACAGUGCGCUCCUGCCUAGUCCCUGGAGGCGACCGAUCCACGCCAUCGACCCCGCUUGCUGCCUCCCGCUGACCAUCAUACCUGCUUCCAGGGACCUGCUCCGGCGCCUCAACCCCCGCGAUACGAAGCAAAACCUCCAGGCAAUCACCUCCAUCGUCCCCGAUCUGACCGAGGACCUCCUCUCUUCUGUCGAUCAGCCCUUAGAGAUCCGCAAGUGCCCCAAGACAGACCGCGACUACCUCCUCUGUGACUACAACCGCGACGGAGAUAGCUACCGGUCGCCCUGGAGCAAUGAGUUCGACCCCCCGCUGGAAGAUGGAACCGUGCCCAGUGAGAGAGUGAGAAAGCUCGAGGUUGCCGCCAACGAGGCAUUCGAUGUCUACCGUGAGCUGUACUACGAGGGUGGAGUAGGCAGCGUGUACUUUUGGGACUUGGACGAUGGAUUCGCCGGUGUUAUACUCUUGAAGAAGGGAGUUACACCAGGUGCUAAGAGCUCAGGAGAAUGGGACAGUAUCCACGUCUUCGAGGCUACCGACAGAGCGCGCAUGUCCCACUACAAGCUGACUAGCACUGUCAUCUUGCACUUGGCUAAUGAAUCCGAGUCCUUGGGUGAGAUGGACCUGAGCGGUAACAUGACCCGUCAGGUGGAGGUGGAUCUGCCUGUCGAAUCGGAUGCGAGCCACGUUGCCAAUGUUGGUCGGCUUGUUGAGGACAUGGAGUUGAAGAUGAGGAACCUGCUGCAGGAGGUAUACUUCGGCAAGGCUAAGGAUGUUGUGGGUGAACUUAGGAGUAAGUGCAGGUCUCCCUUCCUUGUCCGAAUCGAACAGAGAUCGGGCUACCCACCUGGAGAUGAUCCGGUCUAUGCACAGCUAGUCGUCUGUUUGUCAGUUAAGGAAGCCAUUAUAGCGUCGUUUUAG